UGUCGCUCGCAUAACUUAAAAAACAGCAUAUAUUUGACGUGGACGAUUUCUGCUCAAACUGUUCUUCAGACUCCCCAUCAUAAAUUGAUUCUUGCCACAUGUAUCUCAUUCGGGCGACACAAGAUUUUCGGGGCCUUACUCAGAGAGUCUGCCUCAGAAAUGAAGAGUUGACAGAGGAGCGCAAAGGUCUUUGGGCGAUGUCACUGGGAGACAUACAACAGCGGGAGGAUAUUAAACGAGUUGCCAUAGCAUUCUACAAGGAUAAAGACAGAGACAAACAAGGGUCUAUUGAACAAGAGGCAAAAAGCUACGGCAAGACAAUCCGGCUUUGGCGUGCAGUUGGACUUCUCUGUCUAGAAGGAGUCCUAUUGACGGAUGGCCGGGUUUGUGUGGUCAUAGUUGUUUCACCACCCCAACCGUCAGGGGAUACGGGAGCGGUUGCGGGCGGUUCUCCUUCGGCAGGAUUACGGACGACCUACAAGGUUGUAGUCAGUAAGGUGGAUAGGGAGGAAAAGGUCACGCUGGAGCUGGAGUAUGGUGACAUGCUCCGACUUGACGAAGAUAAGAAGAUGGAGGCGACGAGUGGUGGAAUUGCGUUCAUUGUCAUGAUGUAUGAUGUGGUUUCGGAGAGCCAAGAUCACUAAGGCUGCAUACACUCCGGUCCGUAAUCUAAGCCCCAUGCGUUGUUCUCGACUUCACGUAUGAAGGUUUCCCACUCGUCAGCUGACAUAUUCCAUACGGACCACAAAUUUCCUAGGCUCUCUUCACUCCUGUGCUGAUCCAUCUCAUCCGGAACCGGCAGAUCGAGCUGAAGUGGUGACGCGGCAAUCCCGACGGCGGCAUCUAACGGAGAGCCCACGGGAGGAUCACCUGCGCGCUAGUCGCUUUCGUGCUCUGCGAUUGCGCCCG